CACGACAGUCUGUGACAGAGCAACACCAGUCCUGAGGUGGAAUGGAGGAGUCAGAGCUGCUGAAGGAGAGGCUGCAGGCCAUCACUGAGAAGCAUCGCAUUCAGGAGGACAUUCGACAGAAGAAGCAGGAACUGGAUCAAGAGAAACUCCAGCUACAGCAUUUAAAGAAAAAGUCCUUGAGAGAGCAGUGGCUGCUGCAGGACACAGCUUCCCACAAUGCAACGGGCUACCCACAAAAACAGGGCGUUUUGUCUGACCAACAGCAGACCAGAGUGCUGCUGCUCAGCAUCCACCGUAUAGAGAAACAAAUAGAGUCUCUGGAGAGAGAGGAGUCCAUGAUUUCAACCAACGAGAGCUUCAUCCUCAACAGACUAAAAGCUGUGGAGAAAAGUGCAGAGGAAAUCAUUAAGGAGGCACAGGACAGUUUUGUUCCUAUUUGUCCUCCAGAGCCAUUACAGGUCAACAUGGUGAUCCCUGAUGUCCCAGAAUCCUUCUCUCCACCAGCUAGUAUACACACUGAGCCCAGCACGCCAAGAAAGACUCUGUUUGCCAUGGAGAUAAAUGUAACCAAAAACCUGCUGACGGGGGAGAGCACUGUCCUUUCUACUGCACCUGUCCCUGCAGAAGAAUUAAACCAACAUUCAGGGCUCAAGGUUUAUGACGAUGGCAGGAAGUGUGUUUAUGCCCUACACGCACAAGAGGGGUCACAUGACCGAAGGAACGUGUCUGAGCUGUCCGCCAACGAGGUAGAACAGCUGCUAAAAAGCGCCUCAGAACUUCGCCAAGUAAAACACCAAAACUACCAACGAACCAACAACGGCUCAAAUAACGGCCACUGUUUCUACAACCACCAAAAGGACAGACGUCAGGUGGAGUCACGUGAUCUCAGAAACCCAGGAAGGCGUUUUAGUCUUAGAGAAAACAGAGAAGAGGAAAACUGGCAGAGGAAUCCUUUGGGAGGGAGUUUCUGUGAUCAUUACAGUCAACAGAGGACAGAGGAGAGAAAUAACCAAAGUAAUUAUCACUUCCCAAACCACAGAGGAGACGGCCAUCACAAUGAUCAGCUGUACACUUCAUACCAGCAGAGAAACCACCAGAGUGUUCAGGAAGAUCGUCAUAACCUCAGCAGCCGCUCCUUUAGAGGCAGCGUUUCAAUGAAUGGAGUCAGAGCCAAUGGCUGCCCUCCUCCCAGGUCACAUGACCAAGAGGCAGUGUCAGCCUACCAACCACAACUCACCUACACUCCAGACAAAUAUAUUCCUCUCAGUGAUUAUGUCACUGUGGACGAGGAAGACCUUUACUGUUAUAAUCCACCUUCCCACCGACACAAUAACCCACCCAGUGCCCUCAGGUGUGACCGAGUCCCCUCCCCCCUCUACAGAGACGACACCCCUUACACCAUCCUCAACGCCUUGGAAACCACCGAGCCAAUCACAGCCAUCUUCAUGGGCUUCCAGACCACGCAGGAUGACAGCAGUCAGGGGCAGGGGUUUGACGGAUCCCUGAAGGCGGAGCUGGUCAUCAUCGAAGACAACGAAAGCUACAAUGAAGACAAGAGCGUAACGGAGAAGAAGAACCAUCAGACGGGUGGUUUGGCCAAUGGGAGCGUGGGGCGAGUGGAGGGAGCUGGAGACAGACGGACAGAGAGGCAUGUGGGACCAGGUAUCAAAAAGAUCCAGAAGAAACAUAAAGCCUGCUGUCGUGUGUGUUAGCUGGUCUGACUGAUGCAUGUUGAAUGAC